AUGGCAGACGCCACACCAUCCGCCCCCGUCGUCUUCAAGAAGCGCGCCGGCCGUGCCAACCUCAAGAAACGCGCCGCAACACCCCCCUCGGACUCGGAUUCGGACUACAGCAGCGCAGAAGACGAAAGCGGCACACGCAUAAAACGGCGUCGCAAAGGCGGCAUCACAUCCUCGUCCGCCAUCAACAAGCCCUCGCGCGUAGUGGAUCUCGGCAAGUCCACUCAAUUUGCUGGUGACCGCAGUGCAGCGAUUACGGAUCUAGACGAUGCGACAAAGACGAGCAAUUGGUUCCAUGCGGACGAAGCUGCAAAGACUGCACAAGCAGAGCAAGAGGUGGCAGAGAAAGACGGCACAUAUAAAGGCGCAAAAGGAUAUGGAAACUUUAUACAAAAGAAUCCUGACAAGUUAAGNGGCAAGAGCGUGGGUCCGGUAAAGGCACCCACGAAUAUGCGUAUGAUCACAUUGGUCGACNNUUUUGCGCCAGACGUCUGCAAGGAUUACAAGCAGACUGGAUUCGUAAGUGUCUCCUACAUCCAGACUUUUAGGAAACACAUCACUAACUUGGAUCUCUCUCAGUGCGGUUUCGGCGACAGCUGCAAAUUCCUCCACGCCCGCGAAGACUACAAACAAGGCUGGCAACUCGACAAAGAAUGGGAAAAGGCCGGAAAAUCAAAAGCCCCCAAGUCCACCACGGUAGCCUCUGCGAACCGCUCUGGCGACACCCAAGCCGACAACCCCUCCGACGACGACGAAGAAGCAAAAGAACUCGAAAAAAUCCCCUUUGCCUGCAUCAUCUGCAAACAACCCUACAAAAGCCCCGUCGUCACAAAAUGCGGGCAUUACUUUUGCGAGGCGUGCGCGUUGAAAAGACACAAAAGUAAAGGUGGCAAGCAAUGUGCAAACUGCGGUGCAGAUACGGGCGGUACAUUCAACGUGGCCAAGAAUUUGAGGAAACUGUUGGAUAAGAAGAGGGACAGGAUCCGCAAGAGAAAGGAAAAGGCGAGGGAGAAUGGGGAGGAGGUUAGUAGUGAUGAUGACGAGGAAAAGUAG